AUGCCUGAGGGUUCCUGGCAGCGAGUGCGCACCUACGCGGACCACCUGGGUCAUCCUGUCGUGCUCGAGCAGUACGUCUCGCCAGACUACGAGCCAGAGCCCGAUCACAUAAUUCCCAUCCAGGUCUACAGCCUUGUUCCCCUGGACGACGACUACGAAGAGCUGCGAGAUUACCUGAUGCAGACAUUCUGGAAUGACGAAGUCAAACCUUUGUUCGAGAUUUAUUCAUACCGCCCGCCUGAUGGCUUUGCCUGUAUUGAGCAUAACCGCGUCGAAGUCGCCCGUCGCAAGCAGCAACAUCAGGCAGGGGUCGAGAAUCCUCUCCCAUUGAUUCCGCAAUUCAACCGUAGCAGCCAAAUCUCAAAUAUUGGGUUUUGUGUCCUACUCCGAUCACAUAGUUAUCGGGUGGGCCAUGUGCAUUCCUCAGAGGAGCCUGCUGUGAUAGGUGAAGGCCCGGACUUGCUCUACUUCAACCGGUUAUCUUCUAGCACACGCAGUGAUGUUAAUGUAGCGCAGCACUCAGACGAGGGUGAUGAGGAACCCCCAUCAGAGGUACUUGAACUAACUAUCGAGAGAGUUAUGGACCAGAUCUACAUUGGCCAGAUUAUUGUUCUCGAUCUCUUCAACAACGUCAGUAGACCUCCGGAGCGACAUGCCUUGGAUGUUGACGAGGGUGAUCCUCCCAGCCAAGAUAUACCGACAGAGGAGCAGUUUCGUGACCAGCUUGGCCAGGAAACCUCAGUUGGCGGCUUCUCUCUCGAUCCGUCAUUCCAGAUUUCUCAGGAGGCAGACAUUGUAACAGUCACCAAUACCCCCUGA